CAGACUCUCUAGGCCGUUGGCGGUCUACUCUAUGGUUUGGUCGGUUGCUAAAUUGCCAGUAGUUGCAUCUUAUAAUUGAGACGGCAGGUGGCGCUGGUGUGACAGGCUGUGAUCGGAAGAAUAUUUAAGCAGCGUCCAGGCAUGAAGCCAUCCAUGGCCAUCCUUUGUCUAUAACUGAAGAGCCCCGCUCCUUUUGGAAAUGGUUAAUAAGUGGUUGAUAGCUCGUCCGAGGAACAUGCGGCCGGCGGCACCCAGGAAGCACGUUGUGAUUUACUCCACGCCCAAAGAGGAAUCUGAGGAGGACUGUUAUUCUUGUUGCACAAAGAAUGAAUGCACAGGACUUAUUAUCCAAUUUCAAUACAAUUCUACUCACAUCCCAUCUACAGAAGAGGAAAUACCUGAAACAGCCCCGAAAGCAGUAAAAGUGGAGCAACAAAGUGGGAAAAGCGAGGACUGUCAAGCUUGUUGCACAGAGGAUGAGUGCACAGAAUUUAUUAUCAACUCACCUGACUCCCCAUUAUCAGAAGAGAAAAAGCCAGGGACAGCCCCGGAAGCAGUAAUAUGGGAGCAGCAAAGUAGGGGUAGAAAGUGGAGUUCAGAGCCUGAAAAGAAAAAAGCAGAAAAGAAGACAUCUCGAAAGCAUGUGAUUAAGGAAGAGCCACCAACCAUCCUUCAGCAGAGUUACUACUUCGAACAUGACCUACGAUGCACAAAUUAUGAGGUGCCCAGGAAAAAUAAAGUUUGGACUAAAAAAAAUAGUGGCUGCGAGGGGAUCUGGAAACAUGAUAGAUUUCGGGAGGAUGAACAAGCCCCCAAGUCCCGAGAAGAGCUGAUAGCCACAUACGGAUUUGACAUCCGGGCCUGCGAAUAUCCAGCCAAGAUUUUUUCAUGUAAACCAACAGAAAAAAGAAGCUGUCCUAAGAGAGAAAGACCCCAUAGAGACCCCAGAAAAAGACAAGAGAGACCAUCUGGUUUACCUUCUCUAAAUAGAGCCUACAGGGAUCUCCUAGAUCUUCACAGCAGACAGUGUCCUUCUAAGUGUACAUAUUCUGAAGCACAUAUAUACAAAGAAGAGCGGUCAUCAAAUUCCCCAAAAUGAGACAUCAGAUACUUGGCAAUUGGAUAAAGGAACAAGCAGACGAUCAAAGAUAGCCUACUCCAAAAUGAGCUGUGGUGGAGAUUUCCUAUAACAGUGCUCAAAGAAGUCAUAAAAGAAAUGAUAGAACUGCAAAUGGAUAUGAAAACUUCAUCGCCACCAUAUGUCCAUUUGUUCUGCUGUUGGGAAUUAAAAGUGGUAAACAGA